AUGAAUCUGAAGGAUGCUUGUCCUAAUGAUUUGAAACUUGUUAAUAUUGACAAUCUUAAGCCUAUUGCCAAUAUCGAAGCUUCAAAACUUUAUUCCUGUGGUUCAACAACAGGACGUACUUGUAAUUGUCGAGACAAAUGUGCAAUAAAAACAUGUCCAUGUAAAAAAGAGAAUGUUUUCUAUUCUACCAAAUGUCAUUCAAACAGAGGUGCAUGCUUAAACAUAGAUUAAAUAAAAUUAGAACUAAGUUAUGUUUGUUAAAAAGUACAGUAAAACAAAAAAAACUAUUCACACUUACGAUUAGACUAAUUAUCUUUCUUCGCGUUCUUUUAACUAUAAAAAAAUAUUUGACCCGAAAACUCAAAUCGACUGAAAAUAAAACCUCUACGAGAUAAAAUUGAUAGGACGAAUAUUAAAUGUAAAAAGUUCCUUCGCCAAAAUAUAUGAUGAAGAAGUUAAAAAGACAAAUUUUUCAAAAUACACAGUAUUAGUUAUAUUAAUAGAUACAUUAGUAAGGUAUUCUAUUUAAAACGUGGUAUUUUAGUAAUAAGAAUUCAACAUAAGUGAAGUACAAUGCAAAAAUACAUCUACAAUACUAUAAUCAAUUAUAUUAUACUUUAUAGUAUUAUACAGAGUAACAUUUUCUUCUACAUUAUUUUUCUUAUAUUUUUAAGUUUUCUUUUUCAUAUUUUCUCCCAACACCGCAUUCUAUCGAUCCCUAAUGUUUUUACACUUAAACGCGCUCUUCAACUUUUGAUGGCUCCAUUACAAAUUAUUUUAAGCAUCAUCAAUCAUAUCAAUAAAAGUUCAAUGUUUAUCAUUUUUUUUAUAUCUCUCGCAUAUAUAUAUAUAUAUUAUAUAUGUAUAUAU